AUGGUCCUCGUUGUCAUCAAAUAUAGCCCGCAUUUGACCAAGUACGAGGCAGAAAAUCAGCAAAAGGCCUAUGAACUGGUCGACUUCAGCAUCCUGCGCAUUCCACGGGUUUAUCGCUACUCCAGAGAUGAAGGAGUUGGUUAUAUCAUGAUGGAAUUUGUGAAGGGGAAAACGAUAGAUCCACUUGAGGACCCCGGACUUAUUGACCGAGUUGUGAAAGUCCUGAACCACUUCAGCACAAUCUUAGGCCAGAAGCCCCGUAACCUUGCCGGCGGUCCAUGCGCAGGAAUUUUGGGAGCGUGUCUCCAGGAAUGUGAUUUGGUUUUGUGUCACUUGGACAUUGCACCAAGCCAUAUAAUCUGGCAAGAUGAUGGAACAAUUUGCAUAGUUGAUUGGGAGUCUGCUGAGGGGAAAGAUGGAAAUUUUAACUCUUUGCUUCUCAAUGGCAUGACGCCGUUGCCAAGCCAUGAAUUGGCCCAAAAGGAUCGUGUCUGUCGGUUAUGGUACAAUACCCAGAAAUAUGCGUUGUGA